AUGAUCGAGGCCCUCGCGGACGGCGGCGUGCGCGCGGGCCUGCCGCGCGACGUGGCGCAAGCGCUGGCGGCGCAGACCGUGCUGGGCAGCGCCAAGAUGGUGCUGGACACCGGGAAGCACCCCGGGGCCCUCAAAGAUAUGGUCACAAGUCCUGGUGGCACCACUAUCGCUGGUGUGCACGAAUUGGAGAAGGGGGGCGUGCGCGCCGCAUACAUGUCGGCCGUCGUGGCGGCCACAAACCGCGCCAACGAGCUCAGCAAAAUGUGA